AUGGCGGAGUUCUCCCCAGUCCUGCCUCUACGGGAUGGAGGCGGACGAUUUGGGCAACCCAUCUUCCCAAGGUCUCGGUCCGGAUCAGAAUCAGAGAGUGAAUUAUCACAGAGCUUGGCUCGCACCAAAACCCGGUCCUAUGGCAGCACGGCCAGCGUUACGGCUUCUAUGGGAGAGAAAUACAUAGAACAUCGUGUUACGGAUAGCGAUACAUUGCAAGGGAUAGCUCUCAAAUAUGGUGUUACCAUGGAGCAAAUCAAGAGGGCCAACAAACUCUUUAGCAAUGAUUGCAUUUUCCUGCGGAACAGCCUGAAUAUCCCUGUAGCUUCGAAGAAGCCUUCCCUUUUCAACGGACUGUCGCUGGAGUCUCCAGACGGUGAGGCCCCCACUCUCCAGGAGCAGGCAGAUGGGGCCCCUGAUAGUGAUGGGCCCUCGCCCCCUGCCUCACCGGCCCCCUGUCCCCCGGAGCCCCACGCCAAGCCCCCUCAGCCUGAGGAACUCUCAGCCAAGGACUACUUGCAUAGACUGGACUUGCAAAUUAAAUUAUCCAAACAGGCAGCAAGAAAGUUGAAAGAGGAGGAUAGAAGGGAUGAAGACUACUCAUCAGAGCCAACUUCAUCCUACCAGGAAAUCUGAGCCAGUGGUGGUGGACUGUUUACCUGGAGCAAUGACAAUUCCUCUCCAUCUUGCCCUCGUGUUUGUGGUUGUCCUUGUUCUUUUUAUGUGUUGCUUUUACCAAACCUUGAAAUGGGACGUUAUGUCCAGGCUCUUGCACUGAGGUCAUCCAUUGCCUUUCACUCUUUGUUGUUAUUAUGAGUCUUGCUGACGUAGAAUUUUAUUAUUAUUAUUAUUAUUAUUAUUAUUAUUAUUAUUAUUAAUACCUGCUUUUGAUGCCGUGUUUCCAAAUGGCACAUCAUACUGUUACCAAACUGCCACCAGGGGGCAGCACAGACAAGCAUCACAGGUGAACACCUGCUUUAGCAUAGUCAUUGAUAUUGCAGAGGAAGAGCCUACAUCGAGAGAGGGAGCUCGGGUUACAGCUCUUUGUGGAUGUAAGAGAGAGGCAUUUGGAAACACAGAAUUCAGGUCUAUAUGAAUCACUCAUACAUCCGUUUAUUUAUUUUGAUGGGAGAUUAUUUUGGGCACCAGGUGGCCACUUCAUGCUUUUAACGCUGCUCUAGUCAAGUCCGCUUGACUCGACCCAAAGUGAAAUGAGGGACUCUGCACUAGUAGAUGAUUGCUGUUGCAAGAAAUAGGAUAAUCAAUGCUCUCUCUCUUAAGAAGCCAUCGCAAUAUCACAUGUGAGAUUCACCAUGUCAUGUUUCACCUGAAUGACCCAACAUUUACUGCAAGCUGUCCGUGUGUGAUGGCUUAUCAAUACUAUAACUUCUUUGCCUAUACAAAUGUUUUUUUGCUAGUAGGAAGGGAAAAUUUUCAUUCUUGAGUGAAUGUAUUUUUUGUGUGUGUGUGUGUGUGCGUGCGCGUAUGUGUGUGUGUGUGUGCGCACUCAUUGAGUAUGUUGACAAGAAGCAGUUGUAUUGUGCUAUUUUUGUCUUGGAUUUUGAGUAAUAAUAAAAUGCAUCUGUAAAUCCA